GCUUGACUCUUUGACUGGGCUGCCGCGGCCGUGAGGGACUCCCAACCAAGGAUAAGGUUUUGCACUUUUGCUCCGAACAACGGAUAACCCUUAUCACUUUGCUUUCUCCUUCUUUUCAGGCUUAAUAAUGGCGGCUGCAAGUUUGAGUUUGAGUUUCAGUCUGGCAGGGGCAUUCAAAGGACUGUCAAUUGGUUCCUCUUCCUUUCUCCGAGGCGACUUGGGUUCGAUUCACGUCGGAAAAAGUGUCUCGAUUUCGUUUCCGAUUAAACCGCCGCUGACAAUUGAGUCAGCACACAAGAAAGGAGCUGGAAGCACGAAAAAUGGACGCGACUCGCCGGGACAGAGGCUUGGAGUCAAAAUAUUCGGCGACCAAGUGGCCAAGCCUGGCUCCAUUAUCGUCCGCCAACGCGGAACAAAGUUUCACCCGGGGAAGAAUGUUGGGCUGGGCAAGGAUCACACUAUCUUCUCUUUGAUUGAUGGGCUAGUCAAAUUCGAGAAGUUUGGACCCGAUAGGAAAAAGGUAAGCGUUUACCCCCGCGUUGUGCAACCAGAAAACCCCAAUAGUUAUAGAGCAAGGAAAAGAGAGUCCUUCAGGUUACAGCGCGAGCGUAGAAGAGCACGAAGAGAAGGCACCGUGGCCGCUGACCCACAGCUGCUACUUGCCUCUGCUGCUGAAACCUCUGAAGAGACUCCAGCUUGUUGACCAACUCUGAAAUUUGCAUUGUAUAAUCAUGAGCCAAAAACACGCGACUGAACUUGUUUACUCUACGUUUGCGUUGCUUCUGUUAUUGUAUCUUUGAUUCAAGUUCGGAAAUCUGCCCAACAACUUUUCCAUGUAAA